AUGGCCCCUUCAAUCUUUUCCCCGCGUCGAAUUCUAUUGGGAGCUGCCAGUCUCCUUGUCGCUGCAACCGAAUGCUCCGCGACAAUGACAGUACCAAACAGCUUCUUGCUCCAGCAGAUCGCCGAAACAGUGUCGUUGCCAAUGUACACCUGGUCGGCGAACGGAACGCACACGGCAAAGGGAUAUACUUCCAAGGAUGCCACCACGGCCAGCGUGCAGGGCCUGCACGAGGACUGCGAGAAUAUCAACCUCAACAAGAAGAUUGCCGUCAACUUCCGCAGCGAUGUGCUCGGUGACGGGGCCAUUGGCUACUUCUAUAAGUGCGUGAACAUUAGCCACGAUACCAACAAGUACUGGUUCACCAUCAGCUCUGGAAAUGGGUCCCAGAUUGAUGAGCUUUGCGAUCCCAACACCAAGUAUCCCAUCGUGUACGACUCGCAGCACAAUACCUGGUUCAUUGAUGAGCCAUUCGACUGCACCCAGCGGACUAGCCCUGCGAAUUUCAUUUAA